AUGGGGAGAUAUCUACUUCCGUCGCCGUUUCCGUAUGUCACGCGCGCUAUUUUUGCAUAUCGCGAAUACAUUGGCGGCACGGGAAGAGUACUUCGAGAGAAGGGUUCGACGCUGUUGGCCGUCCUAGCCACACGACGCUCCGAGAAAUGCGUCCGGACAGCCUUCACCGACGAAUUUCUAAAGAAGCCAACCACCGCAGAUUGUCAGUUUCUGCUCCAACUUCACGAACAAGCACAUGGAUUCCCUGGGAUGCUCGGGAGCGUCGAUUGCAUGCAUUGGCAAUGGAAGAAUUGCCCUGUGGCGUGGAGGGGGUCAUACACGAGCGGUAACAAAGGCACCCACCCCACCGUUAUACUCGAGGCCGUCACCGACUACCGGCUAUGGAUUUGGCAUGUGUAUUUCGGGGUCCCCGGCUUGAAGAACGAUGUUAACGUGCUCAACAAUUCCAACCUCUUCAGCGAAGUUCUGAAUGGUAAAGCGCCGGCCAUCAACUUCAUCGCUAACAAUCGCCAGUAUAAAAUGGGGUACUAUCUUGCCGACGGCAUCUAUCCGAAGUGGCCAACCUUCGUGAAGCGUUCAACAGGAACCUGCAAACGAAAAACAGUCUCUUUUUGCGCAGAAACAAGAGGCUGCUCGCAAGGAUGUGCAGAGAGCGUUUGGGGUUCUCCAAGCUCGAUAUACCAUUAUCAAAGCCCCGGCUCGUACAUGGUUUAUGGAUAA